AUGUUAAGCGUUUUAAAUUUUUUCCCUGUAUCCGAAGAACAUGAAUGUUUAUCAGAUGAUGGCAGACGAUUUGGUACUUGUCUUAAUCCAUACGAAUGCCAUUUAAAUAAAGGCAAUGCUAAAGGUGAAUGUGCUUUAGGAUUUGGAGUUUGCUGUGUUUUUAUUGCAUCUUGCGGUAGUGAAAUUUCAGCAAACAAUACAUAUUUAGUUUCACCAAAUUUUCCAAGUUUUAUGACAACAAAUGUGACCGAAUGCAAAUUAAAAAUUAAGAUGAUGAGUCCAGAUAUUAGUCAACUAAGAAUUGAUUUUCAUCAUUUUUUGUUGGGUCAACCAGAUAGAAAAACUGGAAUAUGCAAUGGAGAUUCUUUUAAAGUAAUAGGUGGACCUGGAGGAAAUUUUACUAUUUGUGGAUAUAAUAGUGGGCAACAUGCUUAUUAUGAUGUUGGAGGUCGUAUGGCUGCUCGGCAAGCUUUAAUGGGCUUAUACACUUCUACUACUACGACUACAACGACUACUACUACAACAACAGAAAAAUCAACCUUGAAUUCAACAAAUAAUGACAUACUGAUGCAUGAAAAUGAUAAUGAAAUAACAAAUUCUACUUCAAAUGACGCUAUUCAAAUGGAUUCAGAGGAUCUUAAUGAUGACGAACCGAAACCAGAAUAUGCUGAAAUACUAAUCGAAUUUCGUGGCCAAAUUAUUCAAAAACGUUUUUGGGAAAUACAAAUAUCACAAAUUCCCUUUAGUCAAAGAGCUCCUGCUGGUUGUUUACAAUAUUUUAGAGGUGACAACGGCGUUUUUCAAACUUUUAACUUUGCUGAUAAUGGUAGACAUUUGGCAAAUCAAAAUUAUAGAGCUUGUUUCAGGCAAGAAACUGGAAUGUGUUCUAUUUUAUAUGAACCAUGUGAUACACAAUCAUUUCGUAUUGGACCAUCAACCAAACAGAACGAUGAAGUAUUGAAUGAUGAAAUUCCAGAAAUUUUAAAGGAUGAAACAACUAUUAAUCCAGUAACAAUGACAACAGCAGAAACAACAACUGUUGCAACAAUUUCAUCAUCUACUAUAGUUGAAACCACAUCUACAACAACAGCAAAUUCAACAAUAACUACAACGACACCAGCACCUACAACCAUAAGUGGGAACUCUGUUCUAGCUGAUGAAACAACAUUAGCAGCAAAUAUAACACAAGAAGAUGAAGGUAUUGAAGGAUCAGGUGGAGCACAAGAUGAACCAAUUCGUUAUGUUUCAACUUCAUCAAAAAGACCACAAAGUGGUGGUUUCGAUUUUUUCGAAUUUUUCCGAGAAGCUCUUGAUUUAGAUGAUUUUAGACGUAGGCGAAGCGCAAAACAAAUAAAAUUCUUUGAAAAUAACGCUAGACAAUUAUAUUCAACUUGUACUGAUAGAAUCACUUUGCCAUGCAUAAUAGAAGAUUUCAUUGCAGAUGGAAAUUUUGGUUGUGAACCAGUGCAUUGUGGAAAUCAGUUUUGUUCACCAGGAAAUAUGGGUGCAUUAGGUACCGCUGAAUCACAAUGUCGUAUUGAGUCAACAGUGACACCAUUUUUUUUGGGUGUACAUUUUGGUGAUGGAAUUGGUAAAGGGAGUCCCGAGGAUAAUAUUGGAGCAUGUUUAAAAUUUAGUCAAAUACCUUGCUUAUAA